AUGCGGGAAUCGGUAAUGCUGAGAGAUGUGGCGAGAAGAGUCGAUUGGGUACUCGUUGGAGGGAAAUGGACGAGAUUCUCCGUCAUGGGCACUGAUUUGAGUCCAUCUAUGCUGUCAAUCGAGAACAAAGGAGAAGAUGAUGAUCGGAUAAUCAUUUUAAUGAUUCCAGGAAACCCAGGAAAUGAGGGCUUUUACGCAGAUUUUGGACGUCAUGUGCUCAAAAAUCUUCUGGAAAGAGAGGAAAGAAUCGGCGAGAAAAAGUACAACUAUCUCUUUUACACGGUUUCUCAUUUGAAUCACGUGCCAAUGCCGCACGAGAUUCAACACUCCGGUCAACACAAACAUCAUGAUCGAUUCAAGCUCGAUGAACAGGUGCAACACAAGCUCGACUUCAUCCGCGAAUAUUUGCCACGAGGACAAAGGGUUUACCUUUUCGGACACUCCAUCGGGUCUUACAUGAUGCUCAAAAUCCUUCCCUAUAUCAAAGAUGACUACAAUAUUCGGAAAGCUGUUGGCCUUUUCCCGACCGUUGAACGAAUGGCUCUCUCUUACAACGGACAACGAUUGGGACGAUUGUUAGCAACUCUGAACGAGAACGAUUGGCUGGCGAAAGCGAUCUCAUUUUGGGUGGAUCAUCUUCCGUUUCCCGUCAAAAGAUGGCUCGUCGGUUUCAAUCUUGGACAAGAAAGUGUGCCGAUUGAUUUGAUAAAGGUAACUGAACUGGAUUUGACGCUUUUGGCGCACAAAGAUAUCACGCAUAUGUACUACGGGACUUGCGACGGAUGGGUGCCGAAUACAUACGGUGAGGCGAUGAAGGAUUUAUUACCGAAAGGCCAUGUGAUCUUUGACGAAAACGAUUCUGAGCACGCUUUCGUGAUCCGAGACGGCGAUAUCGUAGCGCAACGAGUGAUCAAUUACAUUAAU